UGCCAUAAUUAUGGACAUGGCCAAGAAAACGACUCUUGCCGCUCUGCUGCUGGCCAUUUGCCUGGCAGCUGCUGGUAUCACUCCAGCCUGCUCAGCGGUGCAGCGCCAAUGCAGCGUCCUCGUCUACGGCUCCACUCCGGCCGGCUUGUGCUCUGCAAUCGCUGCAUCGCGACAGCUGAAAGGCACCACUCAGCAUGAUCGGGUGUGUUUGCUCAGCAGCCACGCACACAUCGGCGGUAUGGUCACUGGCGGCCUGGGAAAAACCGACACCGGGGGCUCUCGCGGAGAGGCAUUGAUCGGGGGAAUAGCCGCAGAGUUCUUCCUGGAAGUUGGCCGCCUGUACGGACACACACAGCCCACGUACUAUUUUGAACCGAGCGUUGCGUCGAAAGCCUUCGCCAAUCUACUGAACGCGUCCAACGUAACCGUCGAAGUGAGUGAGCUCUUGACCAAGGUGACCAUGGGCUCGGCUGGCAGCACUGGCCACAAGCGCAUCAGCAGCAUCACGUCAAGCAGCGGCACUGUCUACAGUAGCGAUGUGUUCAUUGAUGCAACAUACGAGGGAGAUCUGAUGGCAAUGUCCGGUGUUCGAUACACGUACGGACGAGAAGCUGUGUCUCAGUAUAAUGAAUCUCUGGCAGGAAGGCAGCUGUACAGUCCGUCAAAUCAGUUUUACACGGCUGUGGAUCCCAUCGACCACGCCACCAACAAAACCCUCAACUUUGUCUAUUCUGGUGAUCCGGGAAAGCCAGGUGACGCAGACAAGAAGGUCGGGGCGUACAACCUACGCUUAUGCCUGACAACCAACGCCACCAACAAAGUAGAGAUCAGCGAGCCAGAAGGGUACAACCCUGAGGACUGGGAGCUUGUCCGCCGCUACGCCCAAACCGACAUGGUCAACUCCAAUCCGAAAGUGUAUCAUUUCCUUGGCAUCGGCAGCGUUCCGAACGGAAAGUCCGACACUAACAAUGCUGGACCGAUGUCGACGGACCUGAUUGGGGGAUCGUGGGCCUAUCCGGAUGCCGAUUGGACGGAGCGGAAGGCGAUCAUCCGACAGCACUACCUGUACACACAUCAGCUUCUCUGGUUUCUUGGUCACGAUCCGGCUAUCAAUGCAUCCAUCCGCGCCAACAUGCUCGACUAUGGCCUGUGUGCGGACGAACACCUGGUCAACGAAUGGUACGAGCCGCACUGGCCGGCGCAGCUGUAUGUGCGCGAAGCGCGGCGCAUGCUCGGUCCCUUCGUCUUCACCGAGCACAGUGCACGGGAUGGCGAUAGCACCAAGCGCAACGAGAGCUCCAUUGGCUGCGGAUCCUACAACUUUGACGCACACAACUCGCAGAGGUACCCCUGCCUCCCUGAUAGCAUCGAGUGCUUGAAAAGCAGCGGAGGCAGAAUCAACCCUUGCUGCAAGCAUAAAAACCCGGGUGGUGCUACUACGGCUGAAUUUGCAGUCAUUGAUGAGGGUGAUGUUGAAGUCAACCCCGGGCCAUUUGAAAUUCCCUAUGACGUUCUCCUUCCCAGUGUAGAGGAAGCGUCCAAUCUGCUCGUGCCCGGUGCCGUAUCGUCCUCGCACGUGGGCUUCUCAUGCUUGCGUCUUGAACCGCAGUGGAUGAUCAUGGGACACAGCUCGGGAACCGCCGCCGCUUUGGCACUCAAGACGAAAUCCGAGUCCGUGCAAAGCCUGGACAGGAGUUUGCUUCACACUGAACUCAUGAAAGAGAAUCAGAUCUUGGACACGGAGAAAUAGACCGGGGAACAGAUAAUUUCAAAAAAAAAGUAUGAUAAUAUCCAAAAGUAUUGCAUCUACAAGUAGUCCACAUCUAUUGCAAACCGUUUACUGAGAUGUCUCCAUAUUUGGUGUAUGUGAAGGAAGAAUGAAAUGCAAAGGUGUUAUAACCGUG